CCACCCACCCUUCUCUUUCUACCGUCGUGGAGAAAGAGAGACUCGGCGAUAUGACAUUUCCGGCUCCUGUUCGACAGACGACCUAAUGCGGGGUGGCAACGCGAGCGAGGACCGACGAAUGGGAAAGGGGGGAAGUCCGCCGAUGCUGGUCUUCGUCCUGCUCUUCAUCUUCGUCAAGAGGCAGAUCAUGCGCUUCGCCAUGAAGUCUCGCCGGGGCCCCCACGUGCCUGUGGGGCAGCACGCCCCCAAGGGACUCAAGGAAGAGAUUGACAUCCGACUAUCGCAAGUUCAGGACAUCAAAUACGAGCCCCGACUGUUGUCGUACAAUGACACCCGGCUGCUACAACUUGAGUCACCCAGAAGCCCAUUUCCUUAUAACUACGUGUAUCGGAUGAAAGCUUUGGAUGCGGUCAGAGAUUCAGAGAUCCCGUACUCCACGGAAGGCAGAUACCCCAGGUCGUUGAUCGGGAAAAACUUCCAGGCCUACCUGCUGGACCUCCGCAACUCCAGUACCCCUUUGAAAGGGAUCCGCAAGUCUCUGAUUGACAACCUCCUGGACGGGUACGAUAACGCCCGCUACGGGACAGGGACUUUCGGCAAAGUAGAGUUCCUCAAGUACCAGGAAGCAUUGUAUGAGCUGGCAACAAUAAACCCAGCCUUCCUCUCCUGCAGCAUCAAAGCCCGAGGCGGGAGCAGUCAGCGGCAGCACCAGUCGGCGGCCAAGGACCUCACCCUCUCGCCCGACCUUUCCAGCCCGACCAUCCAAGUCACCUACCUCCCCUCCAGCCAGAAGAGCAAACGGGCCAAACAUUUUCUGGAACUGAAAAGUUUCAAGGACAACUACAACACCCUGGAGAGCACCCUGUGACCUCCGGCCUGGACUUGAGACACCCAUGCCCGGGAGGGAGCACCAGAAAGGGCACCGCUUUCUCCGCUGGACCAAGAGAACUGGUUGCCUCCGCGCGGGCUUGGC